AUGGUCAAGAUUGCUAUUGCAGGAGGCUCCAGCGAGCUGGCUAGCGAGGUUCUCGACAAGCUCGUAGCCACAGGAAAGCACGAGAUCACUGCCUUGGUUCGAAAGGACCCUUCUCAAUACACCCCUCGUGCCGGCGUUCGCUAUGUUCAGGCCAACUAUCAAGACAAGGCGGAGCUGGCUCAACUUCUCAAGGGCAUUCACACAGUUCUGUCCUUCAUUGCAGCUCACCUAGACCCGGAAAACCAAGCUCAAAAGAACCUCAUUGAUGCAUCGGUUGAAGCUGGGGUUACACGCUUCGCCCCAUCCGAGUGGUCGACUGGCGUCAAGAUCGCGUCUUCCCUCGAUGCAAUGCCUUGGUACACUGGCAAGGUUGAAGUCGCCCAGUACUUGGAGGAUCUGAACAAGGAUAAGAAGGUUCUCCAGUAUACUCGCUUCCAAGUAGGCUCUUUCAUGGACUAUCUUUGCCACCCUUACAAGGCGUCCAAGUAUAUCACCACUCUCCCGAUCAACAUCGACCUGGCAAAGAAACACGCCAUUGUUGUCGAGGGUUCUCUGGACGAUGAAAUGACCUACACGAGCGUUGGAGACAUUGCUCAUGUGGUUGCACGUGCCGUUGAUUACGAGGGGGAAUGGCCCGUCAUUGGAGGUAUCCAGGGAGAUAAGAUCACCAUCGGGGAGGUCCUGAAAAUCGGCGAAAAGAUCCGAGGAGAGCCUUUUACGAUUGAGUGGCUCAAGAUGGAGGAUCUGGCGGCCGGAGAGCUCAAGACCGACAACUAUCCUCGCAUUGAUUUGCCUUCUAUCCCCAAAGACCAAGUCGAGUCAUUCUCCAAGAUGGCCAUUGCUGGAGUUCUCAUCGCCAUGACUCGAGGCGUCUGGACUGUGUCGGAUGAGUGGAACAAGAUUUUCCCCGACUACAAGUUUACCAAGGUUGAAGAGCUGCUGAAGGAAGCUUGGAAGGGACAUUAG